AUGGAGACAGACGAGCCCGGAAAGGAUGCUGCUGAUCCUCCCGAAUUCACCCACCUUGGCGACAUUGCCCAGGAGUCAACUCUCCACGCGGACCCCGAUUGGGAUGAUAGUGGAGAUGUCCUCGGUCCGAUGCCCGGAUUCGGUAGCUUGAACGGUGGCUCUGUCAAUGGCAGAGGACACUAUAGUGAGCAAAAGCGGAACUCGGGUAGGCUCUUUCUGUCCCAUAUGUUGAUGCACUCUCGGCGUUUUUUUUCAAGUAGACGUGCUGAAAUGCUCCUCUAG